AUGAUCUUCCCGACCGUUGACGUCGUCCAGAGCUAUCUCUGGCUGGUGUUGCUUUGUGUCGUGCUGUAUCUGCUGUGGUUCGUAACCACCACCGGAACACGAUACUGGCAGUGCGUCCAUUUGCCGUACAUCGAGGGGCGCCCCAUAGUGGGCAACUUCCUCGAUGCGGUACUGAUGCGAAAAUCUAUCUUCGACCUGACGGACGAGCUGUACGUGGAUGAACGCGUGCGGGACAGUGCACUGUUCGGCAUCAGCAAGCUGAUGACUCCCACCCUGGUGCUGCGCGAUCCCGAACUCAUCAAACAAGUACUAAUUAAAGAUGCCGCAUUCUUCUGCAAUCGCUCCAUGUGUACCGAUCCACAUGGUGAUCAGAUCGGGUACUACAACUUGCUGAUGAUUAGAAAUCCAGCUUGGAAGCAGCUGCGCUCCUACCUUACACCGUCGCUUAGCCUGAGCAAAAUUAAACAGAUGUACCGGCUGGUCGAUCAGGUUGGUGCAGACAUGGUGGCAUCACUCGAAGCAUUACCGGAACUACGAGCAGGUGUGCGAGAAACGGAAUUUAAAGAGCUCUGUGCACGCUUCACCACCGACGUGAUUGCGAGCACAUUCUUCGGCAUGCAGGCCAACUGUCUGAAGGACGAGAAUUCCGAGUUUCGUUACUAUGGGCGAAAGAUCUUCGAUUACGGUCCGGCGCGUGGUUUAACGAUGGCAUCGUUCUUCUUCGCACCGGAGCUUGUGCCUUAUCUACGGUUGAAGCUUUUCCCACGCGACACAGAAGCUUUCCUUAAGGCUAUCAUCGAGCAGGAGAUUGCAAGGCGUGAGAAAACUGGUGAAAGUCGGGGAGAUUUCAUCGAUUCCAUGAUUGCGCUCAAAAAUAACAAUGCUACGCUGGGUGUUAAGGAGAAAAUACCACUCAAAGGUGAUAUACUUGUGGCACAGGCGGCAACCUUCUAUAUGGCCAGCUUCGAAACUACCUCCUCGGUUUUAUCGUUUGCUCUGUAUGAAUUAACGCGACACCCCGAAAUUCAAUCCCAACUGAGAGAAGAAAUACGGCUGAUUAUCCGUAAAUAUGGGCAAGAUAUUCCCUACGAAGCGUAUGCCAAUGAGAUGCCUUACCUUGGCAUGGUUAUCUCGGAAACCGCUCGACUUUAUCCAGUCCUACCCUUCAUCGAGCGUAAGUGUACAUUGCCAGAAGGUAACACCGGAUACAAGCUGGAACCGUUCCACGACUUCAUCAUUCCCAACCACAUGCCAGUGUUGAUCCCUAUCUAUGCAAUCCAUCGCGACCCAAAGUAUUUCCCCAACCCGGAACGGUUCGAUCCGGAACGAUUUUCCAAGGAAAACCUGGACCAAAUACAACCCUGCACCUACAUGCCGUUCGGUGUUGGACCACGCACCUGCCUUGGGUCGCAUUUUGGGACGCUGCAAAUUAAGAUUGCGCUCGUUAAGCUACUCGCCAAGUAUCGCAUCGAUCGAUCGUCCUCCACGCCGGCAGUGUUAACGUACCGCAAGAACGCGUUCACGCUGAACUCCAACGAAGGCCUUUACGCGGAACUAGCGGAUGAUCCGUUGGGAAUGUGA